UUGUCGUCGGAUCAUGUGAGCGUUCAAAGUCUCUCUGUCAGAAAAUCUUCCGGACAGUCCUUAAAGACUGUUGUCGUCUCCUCUGCUCUUGACUUAAACAAUCUGACAUCUGAUCGACGAACUCAGUCGGACGACGCGUCGUCUGAAGAUAGCGCUGAUGAUGAAAAAGAUGAGGAAAAUGGACGUGAGCUCUUAAUGUUGACGUCGUCGUCGACAAUGGCAUCGUCGUUGGAGCGAUCGCUUGAACAGGGCGCUAUGCAUUCCGACGGCCUCAGCGAUAAGGAACGACGAGUACAAGCUGUCAAGAACACUAUCAGAGGACAUCGACGAACGCAGUCGAAUCCGCAAGCAGCCAUGUCUAUUGUGGAUGAAACGAGCUACGAGACCGAUUCAGAUGACGCGGUUCGCAUUUAG